AUGUACUCCAAACGUGAACACAUCAAGAGCGAACCGAAGGACAAGAAAACCGAGGACAAGAAACACGCCAAAGACAGUGCAGCCCACAAGCGAGCACGCACGGGCGCAACCGAGCCAGCCCAAACUAGCACACAGACAACUCUACCAGGUGAAACCAGCACACAGACAACCCUACCAG